GGACACAUUUAUAUUAAGUUUUUAAAUUGUGUAACCAUGAGGUGGUUUCAUGUCGGUGCAGUGUUAAUUCUAUCAUAUGUUUGCCAUGUGCAAUGUUCUUCUAUUCUCGCACUAUUCUCUUCAUUAUCUCAUUCUGAUCAUUUUGUAUUCAGAGGAUUGGCAACAAAACUUGCGCAACGAGGUCAUAAUGUUGUGAUGAUGACGCCUUAUCCUGGACAUUUCACGUAUCCCGAGAUUGAAAAAAUUGUGGAAUUGGAUGUCGGACAAGAGUCUGGGGCAUAUUGGGAUGAGUUUAAGAAUCUUAUGUCAAAUACAGAAGAUUAUUAUACCAGAAUGCGGGCGAUCAAUGAGUUUAACGUUAAAUUAGCCAUUUCUCAGCUUAAAUCUAAACAAAUGACUGCCCUAUUCAUUAAUCCCAAUAUCAAAUUCGAUCUUGUGAUUACUGAAGCUGAUGUUCCAGUGCUGUACGCGGUGGCAGACAAGUACAAAGUUCCACAUAUUGCGAUUACGACAACUUCGGGGAAAAUACACCAGUACGAAGCCAAAGGAAAUCAGAUUCACCCGAUAUUAUAUCCAGAUGUUAAUACCUUGAACUACGGAAAUCUGAAUCUAUGGCAAACGUUGGUUGAAGUUAAUAGGUACAUACAAACUAGAAACGAAUAUUACAACAACUAUUUGCCUCUAUGCGAAAUCGCCGCCAAGAGAAUUCUUGGGUUGAAGAGAAAUCUCAUAGAAGUUGAACAAGAUAUUGAUGUUUUGUUCAUUGCUGCUAACCCAUUGUUAGUUGGAAAUAGACCCACUGUUCCAAGCACAGUAUUCACUGAUCUGCUGCAAAUCGUUCCUGGAUUAAGUUUACCUAAGAGUUUGAAAACAGCUUUAGACGCAGCAAGAAAAGGCGCCAUAUAUUUUACUAUCGGAGCUGUUCAAGAGUCAGAGGAGUUGGCUCCUCAUAUUUUACAGACUUUAGCAGAUGCCUUUAGUCAGCUACCCUUCACUGUGUUGUGGAAGAUCGAAAAUGUUACCAUAAACAAACCUGAUAAUGUUAUUGCCCAUCCUUGGUUUCCUCAACAGGAAGUUUUAGCUCAUCCCAACGUAAAAGCGUUUAUAACUCAUGGAGGUUUACGUUCUUUGGAAGAAGCAGUGUAUUACGAAGUGCCAAUUAUCGGCCUGCCUAUUGUCAAAUCAAGAAAACCAUUUCUGCAACUGAUCACGAGGCAUGGUGCUGGUGAGAUUAUAGACCCUUACCAUUUAGAAAAGGAUUCAUUGAAAUCUAUUAUCUCUGUUGUUGCUACCAAUGACAGGUACAAAAAGGCAAUGACCACACUUAAAGCAAAGAUAGUAAACAACUUAAACUCUGGGCCAGAGAACGCAGUCUGGUGGACAGAAUACGUACUGCGAAAUGGUGGUGCUCGUCACUUACGCGCCCCUGCGGUUGGUGUUACUACUAGAGAAUACUAUCUUUUGGAUAUUGUACUUGUUUUCUUACUAGGAGGCGUAGUGAUCCUCUGGCUGGCAACUAAAAUUCUUCUAUCAAUCGCAAGAACAGUUGGCAGGAAAUUUCAAAAGAAGAACAUAGAUUAUACCGGAAAAUUCAAAGCGUUGUAG